AUGGCGUCGGGCUCGUCUGGCCCCCAAAUCGACCAGUUCUUUCCGGCCAAGAAGCGGAGGCCCUCGUCGCGCAAGGACGAGUCGCCGCGACCCGGGACGCAGCAUGAGAGCCCCGGCGGCGCCAAGGGGUCCCUGGAGGAGUACCUCGUCCGUUCGCCUUCCACCCGUGCCGCGGCGGCGGCAUCGGCGGUCCCCGUGGGCUCGCCCAGUGGCGGGGACCCGGGCACCAGGCGGAGCCUCUCGGCCGCAAUGGAUGUCGAUGUCGGUUCCUCGGCUCCGGUGGUGGCGGUGGUAGGUGGCGAGGCGGACUUUGAUCUCAGGAGGAGCACGGCGGACUUCUUGUCCCAUUCCUGCAGUGCUAUCCUGCCUUUGAGGGGUGACUGUGAUUACAGAGAGCAGUGGGGUAUGAAGCAGAAGCGGAGUGCAACCCAGUCAUUCUUGGUUCCUUGUGACAAUGACUAUGCCAAGAAGCAGCGAGUUGCCCAUUGUGGUGGCUUGGAGGCUCUAAAGGAGUUGGAUGAUAAUGUGGCUUCCAUGAAGCAAUGCAUCAAUCACCACGGUGGCUCAGAGGCUAUGGAGGAACCUUUUGAGGGGGAACAGGUGAGUUGUGUUGGGUUUUCGGCCUUGCAAAGAUGUAGCUUUACCCCAAGUACUGCACAGAGAAAAGUUGGGUUUUCUCUAGCCCCUGUGGAAACCCUAAAGUCUGUAUUGAGGAAUUCCCUUACUUCACCUGGGGAGGAGUUCUGGAAUGCAGCAAUUGAACUCGCUGACGGGAUAUCUGCCCAAGCUGAUAAGGUCCGUGGAAGGCCUGAAUUUGACGCAGCAGAAGACAAGUCAUCUUGUGCAGUAGCAGUAUGCUCUAAGACUCUUUGUAGAUCAGGAAGGGAUGAACUUGACUGUCAAAAUACAGUAGGAAGCAAUGAUACACAUCAUAUGGAGAAAUUGUCAAAUAAAGUUGAAUCACUGGCAGUACACAGUCAGCAUAUAAUUAAUUCUCCUUUGCCUGUGAAGCAGCUGGAUUUCUUUCAUGAGGAUGAUAUUAAAGUUUCAUGUUCAAAAUUUGAAGCAAAAGGCAGCUAUGAAGCUUGUAAUGCACAAGCAGACCAUGUUCCAUUGAAAGACAGUGGCCUUCUAGGAAAGGAAAAUCUCAAAGACCCUGUGGAUGUGAUGAAGAAAAGUGCUAAUAAUUUGCACACUGAUUCUGCAGCCAUGAGAUGUCAGGGUGUAUUCAAGUCAACAAUUGAAGGGAAGGUUCACCCAACUCAAGAGGGUGAAAGAGAUUCUCAUCUUAUUAGGAGAGAUCUCAAUCAGCCAACCCACAAUGAAAAUAAAUCACUUGCUGCAUAUUCAAAUAAUUGCAAGACUUGGAUAGAUUCCAAGAGUAAAUUUGCUUCUGAGGAAGUGGAAGCUAGCACACCCACUAGCUCCAUUCCUCUGAAGGAUCACUCAAAGCUAUCAAGUUGGCUUCCUCCUGAACUUUGUGCUAUGUACAUGAAAAAAAGGCAUUUCAGAGCUGUACCCUUGGCAGAUCUGUCUCAAGGCCUGUUUGGUUUGUGCCCCCACUGUGCUAAGCCAAAAUUUGGCCACGGAAGAAACCCGGACAUGACCAAAUUUAGGCAAGUUGAAUGUUUACUUGUGGAAGGUGUCUUGGACAAAAGGAAUCUUGUGUAUUGUGCAUCCACGAGUGCUGGUAAAAGUUUCGUCGCUGAAGUUCUGAUGUUGAGGCGGAUACUGUCAAGUGGGAAUAUGGCAAUUCUUGUCCUUCCCUAUGUGUCAAUAUGUGCUGAAAAGGCUGAACAUCUUGAACAACUUCUUGAGCCACUGGGUAGGCAUGUCCGUAGCUUCUACGGGAACCAGGGGGGAGGUUCACUUCCUAAAGAUACUGCAGUUGCUGUAUGUACCAUAGAGAAGGCAAACUCUUUGGUAAACAAGUUGUUGGAGGAUGGCCGCCUCUCUGAACUUGGUAUAAUUGUCAUAGAUGAACUUCAUAUGGUUGGUGACCAACACAGAGGGUAUCUUUUAGAGCUGAUGCUCACAAAGCUUCGAUAUGCUGCUGGUGAAGGGACUUCACAGUCAUCUAGCGGAGAAAUUUCAGGCUCUAGCAGUGGGAAGAUGGCAAGUCAUGGGUUGCAGAUAAUUGGUAUGAGUGCUACUAUGCCCAACAUCGCUGCGGUAGCUGAUUGGCUUCAAGCUGCUCUUUAUCAAACUGACUUUCGACCAGUUCCACUGGAGGAAUUCAUCAAAGUUGGUAAUCAAAUAUUUGAUAAAGACAUGAACGUUGUUCGUGUCCUUCCCAAAGUAGCUGACCAUGGUGGCAAGGAUCCAGAUCAUAUUGUUGAACUGUGUAAUGAGGUUGUUCUUCAGGGCCAUUCUGUGCUUUUGUUUUGCUCCAGUCGUAAAGGCUGUGAAUCAACUGCAAGACAUGUUGCCAAGUUCUUGAAACUACCCUCUGCUGGAUCAAGUGAUGUUAGUUCAGAGUUUUCAGAUGCUGCAGCUGCUAUUGAGGCCUUGAGGAGGUGCCCUGCUGGAUUGGAUCCAAUAUUGGGAGAAACCCUUCCUUUUGGUGUUGCAUAUCAUCAUGCUGGUCUUACGGUUGAGGAGAGGGAGAUUGUGGAAUCAUGCUACCGUAAAGGUCUUGUCCGUGUUCUGACUGCCACUUCAACUUUAGCUGCUGGUGUUAACUUGCCUGCUAGACGGGUUAUAUUCAGGCAGCCUAAGAUAGGUCGUGAUUUUAUUGAUGGGACUCGCUAUAGACAGAUGGCUGGCCGUGCUGGUCGAACUGGAAUAGACACAAAAGGAGAAAGUAUACUUGUAUGCAGGCUUGAAGAGGUCAAGAGAAUUACAGGUAUUAUUAGAAGCAAUUGCCCUCCCUUGGAGUCCUGCCUCUCAGAAGAUAAAAAUGGAAUGACUCAUGCAAUUAUGGAGGUUGUUGCUGGUGGGAUUGUGCAAACUGCAAAUGAUAUUCAUCGAUAUGUGCGGUGUACGCUGCUUAACUCCACGAGACCUUUUGAUGAUGUCGUGAAGUCAGCUCAAGACUCCCUUCGUUGGUUAUGCCAUAAAAGGUUUCUUGACUGGAACCAUGAGACCAAGAUAUACUCCGCUACUCCCCUUGGUAGAGCUGCUUUUGGAAGUUCACUCAACCCUGAGGAAUCACUGGUUGUUCUUGAUGAUCUUUCGAGGGCAAGAGAAGGCUUUGUUCUGGCAUCUGAUUUGCAUUUAGUUUACUUGGUCACACCCAUAAAUGUAGGUCUUGAACCUGAUUGGGAAUUAUAUUACGAGAGAUUCAUGCAACUUGCUUCUCUUGAGCAGGAGAUUCCUAUUGCUGAUGUUUGUGAGACAUUUAAGGUCGCCAGAGGUAUGAUUCAGGCACUGCAGGAAAAUGCUGGCAGGUUUGCUUCAAUGGUUUCUGCAUUUUGUCAAAGACUUGGUUGGAAUGAUUUAGAAGGCCUUGUUUCGAAAUUCCAAAAUCGUGUCUCUUUUGGAGUUAGGGCAGAGAUUGCAGAACUGACAUCAAUUCCAUUUGUCAAGGGCUCACGUGCAAGGGCUUUGUACAAGUCUGGUCUGCGUACUCCUGUUGCCAUUGCUGAAGCAUCUAUUCCUGAAAUUGCAAAAGCUCUUUUUGAAUCUUCUGGUUGGUCUGGGCAAGACUCUGGUUUACGACGAAUGCAAUUUGGUAUAGCCAAGAAAAUAAAAAAUGGAGCUCGCAAAAUUGUCCUGGAGGAGGCAGAAGCUGCCAGAGUAGCAGCAUUCUCAGCUUUCAAGUCACUUGGUGUGGAAGUUCCUCAGUUCACUGCACCUCCACUCGCAGCUAUUGAGGACUAUCCAACUCGAGAUACCAUAGACCAAGCUAAGUCCAACAAGCUAGCUUUUGGUACCCAUGCUAGAGAUGAUAAAAAUAAGAAUAACUGCUCUGAUUAUGCUACCCCAAGGGCUUCUACAUACAGUCUAAGAAAGGACGCAAACCCUGCUCCUUCCAUUCAAAUGAAAGAGAAUGCAGAACUAUCUAAAAAUGUGAAAAUCACUAGACAGGGAGCAGCAGCAUCUUUGUCAACAGAAAUUGCUGAUGGAUUGAGUAGUAGAGAUGUGGCUGACAAAGGCCCUGUCCAUGCAUAUAACUUUCCAGGGGGUUUUGACUGUUUUCUUGAUCAAUGGUCUGCUGCUAGCAAAUUUUUCUUCGAUGUCCAUUUUAUCAAGAGAUCGCUGAAACCAUCUUCGAACCUUUUUGAAGUUUUUGGGUUGGCUGUCUGUUGGGAAAAUUCCCCCAUAUACUACUGCAACUUCCCAAAAGAUCUAGUCACUACUGGUAACAAUGACUUCAGGGAAAUGUGGGGUUAUUUUCAGAGAAGAUGGGAAAAAAUAACGGACAUUAUGCAACAAAAGAGUGUCCAGAAAAUGACAUGGAAUUUAAAGAUCCAGAUUCAGGCACUUAAAUCACCUUAUAUCUCUUGCCAACGGCUUGAAAGGUUUCAUCUUGACCAUAAAAUGCUGGACAAAGUUGAAGUGCUUGACAACUCAUAUAUGUUGUUAUCACCAAUCUCUGUCUACAAUGGAUUGGAUAUAUGUCUGCUGGCGUGGGUUCUAUGGCCUGAUGAGGAAAGCAGAACGGUACCAAAUCUUGAGAAGUUUGUCAAGAGACGACUUCAUAGUGAAGCUGCUGCUGCUGCAAAUCGCGAUGGAAGAUGGAGAAAUCAGAUGCACAAAGCAGCACACAAUGGAUGCUGUAGACGUGCUGCACAGACACGAGCUUUGUAUACUGUUCUGAAGAAAUUACUUACUCAAAAUCUUUCUGAUUUGGUUGAAACAAUUGAGGCCCCGUUAAUGUUCUUGCUGAUAUGGAACUUUGGGGAAUUAGGCGCUGACAUGGAUGCUUGUCUCCGUCAUGAGGCAUAUUAUAACAAAAAGCUGAAGGAACUAGAGAAAGAAGCUUACAGAUUAGCAGGCAAGAAUUUCUCUCUAAAUGCUACUGCUGAUAUCGCAGACAUUCUAUAUACACACCUAAAAUUGCCAGUUCCAAAAGGCUGUGAGAAAGGGAAGCUGCAUCCUAGCACUGACAAGCAGUCUUUGGACCAUCUAAGGGAUCAACACCCAAUUAUCCCAGUAAUUAAGGAACACAGAACAUUAGCAAAACUGUUAAAUGGCACAUUGUGGUCCAUUUGCUCACGUGCUCAAUUGUGCACUCAAUCACAAAGGUACAUCAUACAUGGUAAUUGGCUUCAGACAUCUACUGCCACUGGCCGUUUGUCCAUGGAGGAGCCAAAUCUGCAGUGUGUUGAGCACUUGGUGGAAUUCGAUACAGGGAAAAGCGAUAAAGAUUACUCAAGCGUGUCAGUGGAUUAUCAUCAUAAAAUCAAUGCCCGUGAUUUUUUCAUACCGACCAAGGAGAACUGGUUAUUCGUAACUGCUGAUUACUCACAGAUUGAGUUGCGUUUAAUGGCUCACUUUUCUAAAGAUCCUACGCUGGUUGAACUUCUAAGUAAACCUGAUGGUGAUGUUUUUACCAUGAUUGCUUCAAGAUGGGCUGAUAAAGAAGAGGCCUUGAUAUCUUCCAAAGAGAGAGAAAACACUAAAAGAUUCAUAUACGGCAUCCUUUACGGAAUGGGUGCAAACUCCCUUGCAGAACAACUUGAGUGCAGCACUGAAGAAGCUGCACAGAAGAUUCAAAGCUUUAGGAGAUUUUUUCCUGGUGUUUCCUCAUGGUUACACGAAGUUGUGUUAUCUUGUCGCCAAAAAGGAUAUGUGGAGACUUUAUUGGGCCGGCGACGUUUUCUUACAAAAAUAACGGCUGGCAAUAGCAAAGAGAAAGCUAAAGCACAGAGACAAGCAGUAAAUUCUAUUUGCCAGGGUUCUGCUGCUGAUAUUAUCAAGGUGGCUAUGAUUAGAGUUCAUUCAGUAAUUACCAACAGAACUAGGGCAACUGAUUCCACAGAUGAAGUUUCAAGGAAAUUUUCAGAAAUUGGUGGCCAGUGUCACCUUAUUUUGCAGGUGCAUGACGAGUUGGUAUUGGAAGUUGUUCCAUGCAUGGUAGCACAGGCUGGAAGGCUGUUACAGAUAUGUAUGGAAGAAGCAGCUUCACUAUUGG